AUGAAACUUGGAAUAUUAAGUGGUAUUAUUGGUGUUAUUGAUCAAAUACAAGCAGAUCAAUCCGUAUCAACAAAUACAAUUGAAAAACUCCAAACAGAGUCAAAUCGAAUUCAAAAGGAAAAAGAAAGUCUUGCUAAAGAAGUGCAAUCUCUUAAAUCUGAGAUCAAAAGAAGAGAAGAAAACAAUUUACCAAUAGGAUUCAUAUCCAAACUUUCAGAACUUAAAAAUUCAAAAGAUUUUGAUGAAAUCUACAACUUCUUUGUUGAAAUUUCAGAAAAAGGAACUCAACAGAUGAUGUCCAAAGCAUGCGAAGAAGGACUUUGGAAAAGAUGUAAAAGUGUUUCUGAAUUACCAAAUGUUCUUCAUGAGGCAUCAUUUACAGGAAACCUUAAACUUGUUAAAUCUUUGAUUGAAAGUGGUUGCGACAAACAUGCAAAGUGUUUUUACGGAUAUACUCCACUCAUCUGUGCAUCAAGAAAAAACAAUCUCGAAGUUGUUAAAUAUCUUAUCUCAGCUGGAGCUAAUAAAGAUUUAAAGGAUAACGAUGGAAGAACUCCACUCAUUCAUGCAUCAUGGAAUGGUCAUCUUGAAGUUGUGAAAUAUCUGAUCUCAGUUGGAGCUAAUAAAGAAGUAAUGGGUACAUAUAGUAGAGACACUGCAUUCUUUUAUGGAACAUCUCAUCUUGAAAUAGUUAAAUAUUUUAUCUCAAUUGGAGAAGAUAAAGAAGCAAGGAAUGGUUUUGGAGGAACUCCACUCAUUUGGGCAACAAUUUCGGGUCGGCUUGAAGUCGUUAAAUAUCUUAUCUCAAUUGGAGCUAAUAAGGAUGCAAAGGAUAAUGAAGGAAAUACUCCACUCAUUAAUGCAUCACUAUAUGGCCAUCUUGAAGUUGUUAAAUAUCUUAUUUCAGCUGGAGCUAAUAAAGAGGCAAAGCGUAGUGAUGGAAAAACAGCACUAUCAGUAGCAAGUGGUAAAGUUAGAGAAUAUUUAUUAUCUGUUGCAUAA